ACUGUCUCAAAUUAGACUGAUGCCCAGAGAUGAACUGGUUACAUUGCUUGUAGAUUUUCUACAACGGUUAAAAGAAAAAUCAGCAAUUUUGAUCAAGGAAGACAUACUGGAGCAGGACCUGGAAAAAGCCCAAGAACAAAUUGACCUUUUAAACGAGAAAGUUGAUUCGUUGACUAAAGAUUUACAGAUUUCUCACAGGCACAACAGAUAUUUGAACAAUGAAAAAAUACCUAAAUUAAAACUAGAGAUAGAGACCUGGACUUCCCACAGAAAUCAGUUGUUAGCUGAGGUGAAGUCCUAUCAAAGUAAGGUAAAAGAUUUACAAAACUCUUUGAAAAACCAGGAGAGGGACUACAAACUUCAGAUUGAAAAGAUUGUAGAAGAAAAAAGGCAAGUGACGUCACAAUUCACAGCAUAUAGACUUAAGACAGAAAAGAAUGAACAUGAAAUUAAAAGACUUGAAAUCGAAUUGUCCAAGAAAGUCAACGAGAUCGGCUUGAAGAACAAUGAAAUUCAGAAAGAAAAAGAGAAGUCCAAACUUCUUGAGACCUCUAUCAGAGAACUAGAAAAGAAACUGAUAGAGGAAGAAAAUGAAAACAAAAAUCUGACGAAGAAACUGGCAAAAACUCCAAGGGAUGAAGCCAUUGAAAGGACAAGGAUCGCGUUUGAAGCCAGACUUGAUUUUGACGCCUUCGCUAAGGAAAAGCAGCGAAGCAGGAUGUUACAGGAAUGCCUAACAAAAAAAGAUCGGCAGCUCAAUGAGCUCUUGGAGGAGCAGGCAAAGAGACGACCCUCGCCCUCCAAGGUAAAGACAGAGGCUGAGACAGAAAAAAAAAGGUUUGAACCAACUGCGGCGGAUUGGAGACAGGUUAAAAGAGACAACGUGGCUUUAAAUGCCGAGAUAAAAGUACAUAUGGAGAACAGGCAGAAAGACCAACAGCAAAUAAAACAACUAACUGAGCAAUUGUCAGAGGUCAAAAGAGAGAUGCUGUUCAAGAGAAUUGAACAAGCGGAUCUGAAGAAAUCCUUAAAUAAGAAAAAAGAAGACAUUGCUGUGGUGAGACCAGAUGUUGAAAACAACAUGAAGGCACCGACUGAAAAUAGCGAAAUUCGAUAUUUACCACCAGUUGUUUCCAACCUCGAGCCACCCAAACCAAAGUUAUCUUCCAAUCGAAGAACUUUGCGUUUGGGUGAAGGCAAAUUAUUGCCAGAUUUUAAAGACAAUUUAACUACACAACGUAAGCCACAACCCCCUAGCCAAGGAAAGCCUGGAAGACCUCCAUUUAUAGCGGGAGGCAGGACGGGGUGGAAAAUCUAACCGGAAAAAAUAGCGGUCAACCUGGUGGGAGAGGAGAACGUUAAAGUUCCCUCAUUAGAGGUUGAAGGCAACAAAAUAUCGUGAGAUGCGUUUGUGAACGUCGCAUACAAGAGGCGUAUACACCUUGGGGCUGGGCUUUAACCCAUGGAGCCCAGCAGGGCACAGCUGAAGAGGAGACAGGAUUCCCCAGCAGAAGGUGGGGACCUUGGUGAUCUGAUCCUGGGCUACAGAUGCUCCCUGUACUUCCAGAGUCUGGUCCUCAUUGCUGGCAGCAACUCGGGCUCGUUUCCAGUGAGAGCUGGACUCCGCCAAGGCUUUUGUCACUAAUUCUAUUCAAUACUUUUAUUGACAGAAUUUGUAGGCACAGCCAAGGCGUUGAGGGGAUUCGAUUUGGUGGCCUUAGGAUCGCAUCUCUGCUUUUUGCAGAAGAUGUGGUCCUACUGCCUUCAUCAGGUCGUGAUCUACAGCUUUCACUGGAGCGAUUCGCAGCCGAGUGUGAAGCA